AUGGCGACCUUCAUCGCAUAUCAACCUCGAGGAAAUGCACCACGCUUCGACAACCAUACUUUCAGCAAAUCUCCCACAGUUGGGUCUUCCACUAGUGUGUCGAGCAGACAAAGCUCCAAAUCUCAUCAGAAAAAGCCCGUCGGCAAAGCGGGUUUCGUGGAUUUCGUGGAUAUGACUGUCAAUCACCAGGAUACCCCUCGGGAGUGUCUAGUGCUGCGGGAACUUCUGGAGCCGAUGUUUUAUCAUCCCGACAAGAUCGGCACCCGAGUUACUCGAGAUCGUGGUAGCGGCGCGACAUGCAGUGACAAAGUCGAAGCCGGCGAGGAAGGUGACAAGAACGAUGAUGGUGACAAGAACGAUGAUGGUGACAAGAACGAUGAUGGCAUUGAUUGUGAAAUCAAAGCCAGCGACCUUCCGUCUCUGCAUGAGACCUUAACGCAGAACAACAAUCACUUUGGAGGUAGCGACGCAAUGUUCUGCAAGGUCUUCGAAUCGCCAGGCCCAAUCGAGGGGACGAGCGGAGAGCAUGGUCGCGAGAGUGACAGUGAGGAGAUUGCCAGUCCUACCGCCACGACCGUCACAAAUGUACAGCUCGGUGCCAGCCAAGACAACCCGAUUGUGCUGGACGAUGACCAACCAGUUGACAUGUGCCGUAAAGGCACCGUUCCUCCUGAUGACGAAAGGCCCGCUUGCGAAGCUGCGGGACCGCCAUAUCCUGGCGACGAGUCCCCAAAAUUUUCUGGAGGAUGUGCCGAUUCACGCACGGAUGAUGGCAAGCACACCCCAGACUCCUCAGCGAAGUACAACACGGACAACCGUGCAAGUCACGACCAAGAAGGCAAUGAAUCACACAAUGACAACGUUGUCCACACUCGUACUCAGGCUAGUGGUAAUGGUGAUAACGAUCGCAGUGGCAGCGGUGCUGAUUCGGAUGCACCGGCGUCUGUUGGCCGAAUUCACGAUGUCUUUGCCGAGUACGAGGAGACCUUCGGCUUGCAGAGGGAGAUGACAGGAGGCACUCUUCCACGUGACGUCUUGCAGGAAGAGCCGCGGGUAGCUACGGACGACGGUGUCACGGACGUUGAACAAGCUGCAGAAGCUGCAGGAGAUGAUGUUGCCCGCCUUUCGAAAAGAGAGAUCGGGAGUGGACCUAUUUUCCAGCCCCGGCAAGAAGUCGAUGGACUAGAGACGAAGACCAGGGAGAUUAGGUCUCAGAGUAUUCACACAUUGGCCGGUGACUGCCACUCCGAAAACAUUGGUGGUUUUCUACAGCCUCCACUAUCGCCGUCUCCCAUGACGACAGAAGACGCUAUCGGAUCUGAGUCUGGCGCUGUUACUCAAGGAUCACCUCAUCGGAAACGAUCUCGGUCAUUUACCCAACCUCAUGUCCUUCUCGACGAACAUGUUCCCCCAAAGCGGCCUCGCCGUUCAACGAAAGAGACGCAGAAGGCUAGAGAGGCCAGAGAGGUCAGAGAGGCAGUAGAGGCCCAACGGGCUCGUACGUCAUUUCGUUCAUCCCGCGUAAAACAGGUUUACUUCGUUCGCCCCGGUGGCGGUGUUGCUGGAGUGGACGGCAGGGUGGCAGAGGUCGAGGACGUUUAUCUAGGGGAGGAUGGCUCCAUCCAGUGCGUUGUCAAGUGGAAGUCUUCGUUGAUUGCCAUAGAUAGCCUUGUUGGUGGAGAGCUGCGGCAACGUUGCGAGCAACUGUUCGGGAAGAGGUAUGGCCGAAAAGAGUGGCAGAGGAGGACGGCGGCGAUGAGGCAGCAGAUCAAGAAGGAAUGA